AUGGCUGCUGGACUUGGAUUGAGCGUGUCAUCGAGGUCUAGUAACAAAGUCCGCCUCCGAGGAGGUGCUGAGGUGCUAGAACCCUGCGCCGGAAACGCGGCAACUGUGCGGGAAGCCGAGGUCGGCGAAAAGGCAAAGGAGGCGACAGCAGAAGAAGUUCGCGCGGCGGAGUCGUGUGCUCCCGGGGCUCGGCUACACACGCACCGUGGAGACAGCUGCAUCCCGCGUCGGGGAGUUGGCGCGCCCUUGCCAGGGAACAGCCGCGCCGCAGCCACCUCGCCGCCGUGUCAGUGGCCAAGGGCGCCUCGCCCUCCCAUGGCCGAGGGCCAGGGCCACCGCGCUGCCACGCUGGUCGCUGGGGGGCGGGUCCGCCCCGCCAUGGACGGGGGCCUGGGCCACCGUGCCGCGGCCGCGGGGGCGGGUCUGCCCCCGCCAUGGCUGCCUCGCCGCCGUGCUGGGGCCUCCGUGCCACCGCCGUGA